UAGUAGAUUUCGCUGUGCCAUUGGGAGCCAACCUAGAAAAGACACAUGGAGAAAAAAUCAAUAAAUCCCUACCCCUGAGCGAUGAAAUCCGCCAAAUGUGGGACAUGGAAACAGUAGUCAUCAUCCCCAUUGUGAUCGGAGCAACUGGAGAAAUACCAAAAAAAUUAAAAACAUCACUGCAACAACUAGGAUUACCGUUUGAAUUAUACUUACCCAUGCAAAAGUCGGUCGUAUUGGACACAAGCAGUGUAGUCCGUAGAGUUUCAGGCGGCAACUAGAACAAGAUGUUUUUAACAUCAGCAUCGAACGGGCCAUCUUGUUUCAAAACCGAUGUACCAGCGUUCUUAACCCAGGGAAGCCUGUGAAUCAGUUAGAUGAUUAAUGAAUAAUAAUAAUAAUAAUAAUGAGUAAGGACCAUUCAGACUACUAAAGUAACACAUUGGUACAGGAAUAUGUAAUUGAAUCAAAAACAGACGAAGUGUCACCUGGAAGACAGAUACACAAAAUAUAUUGUCAAAAGUGUCAAUUGUACCUGAAAAAGGUCACUGUUGGAACCAAAACUUCAUACAAUAAAAAAGAAUUUUCGUUUACGUUGCUUUGAUUCGGCCAGGCGAACAUGGGGAAUUAUCAUCAUGAAAACCACAGGAUAAGUUUCAGAUGUUACAUUAAUAGAUAAUUUCUCCCAAGUUAGUAUCUCCCGUACGAUCCUGGAUGCUUUACACCUGUACAUCUGAGUAAUAAUUAACUAAGUUGGGUAAAUACUUCGACCCAGUUCCACAAUUCUAUCUACGUAAACGGACCUAGCUCGGAAGUUAAACGUCACCUUGUGCAUAGUCAACAGUGCGAUAGUCAACUGUCGCAUGAUUAACGAGCGUGCUAUCAUCAGUUACAUCAAAGCACACUGCGACCGUCACCAAUCAAAUUGAUCGGUCGCCAUGGCAACGUACGCGCCACCUGCGAUCGCUGAUCAACAAAGUUCCGAUAGCUGUAGGUAACCAUAACCGGUGUCUCACGGUACCUACCGAUUUUCAUAUUUCUAUUUAUUUCCGAUACUAAUGACAAAACAAGCGGGGGAUUUUCGUGCUGAGUCUACGAUUCGUUGGCAUCGACGAAGGUUCUGUUUUUUCGCGGUGAAGUUUUUCGGGUGGUUACCGAGUAUUAUCUAGGACUAUUGCGAAGAUCUCCGCCUGGAAUACAGUGGUGUACCCGCAAGAGAAGGCUUGGCCUGGGUAGAAGCAAUGUUUUUGGUUAAAUCAUUCAACUAGCAGCAAUGUGUUUCUAACUUUGCCCUCAACCACAGUGUAGCGCCUUAAAGUACCGCCACCGGAUUUCUCCUUGCGCUUCACAAUUAUUUUGAUUUUACCUUUACCUUUUUUCAAAAUGAAGACAGCAGCAGUGAGGUCCCUGGAGCUAUGUGUUGCGUCCCUUAGCGGAUGGGCCCUGAGCACUAGCUCCAGUUGCCCCUAAAGAGAUUGAGAUCUAAAAUGAUUUAUACUGGGAAUUUACACAAUUUAUUACGUUAAGAGUGUGAAGGUUCCACAAGACCCAUGGCGCAGUCAAAGGAUAAGAUGUCUGAGAUCGACGAACACAUCAUGAAGAGAUUCGAUAUACAGAAAAGACUGGGGAGAGGUGCAUACGAUCAGAUGGAUAUAAGAAAAUUCUUCAAUAAACUGAGUAAACCUAAAUCUAGAUCAAAGUCACCAGAUAGAUCGGACUCAAGUAACAGUGAUGUUAAAGACAAAAGUGAAAAACAAAUCUAAAUGAAAUUUUGAAUGAUAGCAAACCCGAUAUAAGCAUAAACAAUCAUGAAACUAAAGAAGCAGUUUCUAGUGAUAAAAAUGAAAUUAAUAAAAACGAACCUACUGAUCUUGGGUCAAUUGACUCAAGACCCAAACAGCCGAUCCUAGAAAAUUUUCCUCAGACAUAUUUCGGAA